AUGUCUAUUAAUACAGUCCAAGACGACACCUGGGAUCCUAAUUGGCGCGGCUUCAUUGGGACAACCUUUAUUGUGAUCCUCGAGGAGUUUCACUCGCUACUCCCCCAAACACUUCAGGAUAACAUGCUCCAAAGCCUUCACUUGAACGCCAUAGGCGAUACGUAUCGAGUCGGUGGUGUCGACGAUGAUAACCUCUACCCAGAGUACAGCAAUGCCGCAAUCAUGCACGCAACGGUCUCAGGUUGGGUGGGGAGGAAGACCGGCGAUACGAAUCUCACUGCCGAUGGUGAGAAGUGGGCCAGUGACAUCGUGGCUCUCUUCGAUCGAAACGGCACACUUUCAGAAUUUAAUGGUCCGACAUAUGCGGGUGUUUCACUAUUUGGGCUUACGCUCUGGGCGAAAUAUCUUCCUCAAGAUUCCGUCAUGGGGGCUAAUGGCGGGAGGAUGAUAACCGCAGUUUGGGAUAGUAUCGGCUCUUUGUAUAAUGCUAAUUUGAAGAAUAUCGCUGGACCAUGGGAUCGAAGCUACGGUUUCGACAUGAUCCGGUACCUCUCAAUCAUAUCACUCUACAUCUGGACACUCAUCGGCCUCCCCGCCUCGCCCCUAUACCACAACCCUCAAGCGGUAGCCCACACCGACGACUUUGAAAUCGGACCUCUAGUCGCGAUCCUCGCCCCAUUCCACUCCACAUUCGUCUCCCCAACCGCUCUAGCAUCCCUAACGACUUUUCCCGGAACACAUUUCGUCCACACAUCAGCAUAUUCCCCUUUUGCAGAUCUCGCACCAAGAAACUACACCACAUAUCUCUCCCCAGGCCUAACGAUCGGAGCGCAGAGUUUCAGCGAGAAUGUCAUUGGAGGACCGAGUAUUAAUCCCAGCCAAUUCAAUCCUGUGGUGGCACAGUGGGAGCGAGAAGAGGGAAAUAAUAGCAUUGGGUUCUUUUCGCUGUAUGCGCAGGAAAAGGCUUUGCAGGCUGAUGUUGGGGAGGGGAGAUUGGAACUUUGGUAUCCUGAGGGGAAUUGUUCGAGCACUUUUACGUUUCUUGUUAGUCCUAAUGAUAUUUCGGGUCCUAGGAAUGUGCGGUCUUGGGAAGAUGUUAAGGGGAUUUCGGUGAAUGUUUCUGCUGGGACGGUUGAUUUUGUGCCUACGAUUGCUUUUUGUGGGCUGAGAGGUGGACUUUGCGAUGCUAUCAAUGGCUUUGAUGUAUGGAAUAUCACGUAUUAUAUGCCGGAGGGCAGUACGGCGAUCCCUAGCAUCGUUCUUGAUAUUGCACUCGAAUAA